CGUCGUCUACCACGAAGCGAUCUGAAUUGAACCCGCGCACCUAGCACAUCCCUGUCGUGUUCCCACAUAAUAUUGACGGUCGGUAGGCUACUGUUGACUAGACUCGAAACAUAGACAGACGUAUCCAGCGUUCCAAAACUGCCACGACCGACUGCGUCGAAUCAGACUCUUGCAUUGGUGGUGAUUCGUCAUGUUCGCAGCUUGAUUCCAAUCGUUCUAUCUGAUCAAAAUAGCUGCAUUCACCACCACACCGGGACUUUUAAAACCUUUUUCUCUGUUAGCCAGCUGACAAAAGCGCCGUCCGCGUUGAGACGACCGGCACAGGCCUCACGCGCCUAUACCCAAAAAAAAAAAAAAAAAAAGACUUCCACUCGACGACAAGACACUUCUGCAACCGAUCCGGCCAGCCUACUCAUGCUAUAAGAGUGCUUUCAUACGCGCCCUGCUGUCGAACAACGAGGCUGGGCUUUGCCCCAACCCUCCCGCCUCCCUCAGCUUUGCCUCGCGUCCAAAGCUAGGCUAGCAGGACCCGCAAGGGGACAUGCCAUGGACAAACCUAUGCUCAUGGUAAGGACGGGACCACUGGAUGGGGAUGUGGCUGUCAUGGAUGCAGAAGACGAGGCGCGACCUGGAGGAAGGAGUGGGACGCGAGCGCGAGAUGGCAUGGAGGGAAUGGCGGCAGAGCCCUCGCCACUGACCAAGACAACCAGAUCUUUCUCGGACGGCGACAGCACGCCAAGCCGCCCAAAGCUGUCCCCAUCACCCCUGAUACUUGAAACCGACCGUCGAACGUCAAAGGACGACAGCGCGAUACGCAACUCUGUGCCGGCCGCUCCGGUGACACCAAGCAGACCCGACUUUGUCCAGCGCGGGAGCAUUCUUUCAUCCUCUUUACACAUGUCACAACAGGCAACAGGCACCGCGGUGGCGGGCGGGCGUGCCGCCGGCUUUGCCACCGAUUCCAUGCAACCGCAGCAGCAGGCCAAGCAGCCGCCACUCUCCCCGAAGCUCGACCACUCACAUAUCUACGCAUCACCGACGAGCGCACUGCCCCGAAGGUCCCGCGGCCUCGACUUUUCCCGCGCCGCCACCAGCCUGCACCAUUCUACAUUGGCGGAGCAGUCCUCCCCGGACUCCUCGCCCACGCAUGCUGGGAGGGGAGCCAUGAACAUACCAGGUGGCGGAUCAAAACGGUUUGGCUCGGGCUUUGGUGCCGCCGAAACAUCGACAAACUCGUUGUGGUCCAUGAUGGGAAACCACGAGAAGAUGCAUAUUUCGAGCUCUGUGGGCAGCACCGCCCACAUGGCUGCUUCAGACUCGUCUUCCAGUUCGGAUCUGGAUGAUGACCUGAUGGACGAAGACGUACCGGACGAACCCUACGUUACCACCCCUCAGAUAUCGCGGACGACGAUGGUACCGGGUCUAGGUAGCACUUACUCGCCAAGCGCACCAGGGUUGAAUGGACCUUUGGGAGGAUCACCGGCGGUGAACAGCUUGCUGUCAUUUCAACAGCGCCAACGGCCGCGAAAGCAGCCAAAGAAGAAGCUGCGUGGUCCGAUCGGGCUUGGGUUCAACUCGCUUGCUGGACACGGUGGUAGCCUUGCUGCUUGCAAGUCGCCUCCAAACUCAUUGGGCCGCGACCCAAAUCCGCACUCUCGCCGGGAGAGCAUCAGCUGGGCUGCAAACCAAUUAAACCUGUCAGGGAACGAGAGCGACGAUAACAUAAAGCCUCGCGUGUUGGAUAGUAUCGAAGGCGCCAUGGGAGCACCGGGUCACGGGGGCCAAAACGAAGUGAUACGGCGCGUUGUCCAUCGACGAGGGAAUUUACUGCCCAAAACCAAAGCCUUCGCUCGUAUGCGCGCUGCGCUUGCAGAGGAAAACGCACCCAUCGACAACGAAGUGCGCCGCGAGGCGGAAGUUGUCAGGCAGGUGCGCGACAGCGAUGUGGGAGAACACCCUGCUCGGGCACCUCCACCAGCGUUGUCGGUAGCAACAACGGCACUGUCCAGUCCGACCAUGGGCGUGAUGCAUGACGUUGAUGAGAUGGUAGACGACGCCAUGGUGGUAGAUACGGGAGCCGUUGUUGGCUCAGUAUCAGCCUUGGGUCUCUCCUCAAGUUUCAAGCAGCAGAUUAUGAAAAACUCGAAAGUCAACAAGAACCUCUGGGACACAUUUUCGGAAUCAUCAAGCAUUGGGGGUGGAGGUGGCACAACGCCGCCACCUCUAUCGCUACCCCGCGGCUCUUGCUCAGCCAUGAGUGUUAAUAACGACGACAUGAGCAUGGAUUCGCCCUUGACCAGCUCGGCACCGUCUGCUUCCAUGAUUGCCACCGGCGGCAUAUUCCCCAUGUCAAUGACUACCCGGAGCAGCUCUGCCGGUGACACCCCGCAGCAGCCGGGAUCCGGGACGAUGGGUGCACCCCAGCAGAUGCCACCCACUGCUGCAGAGAUCACACGGCGCAUUAACAAUAAAAGACGGCGCGACGACGACUUUGACCCCGUCAGCUUCAAGCGGCGUGCGGUGUCGCCGGGCGUCAGCGCGCACAACUCGCCCAUCAUGCAGAGCCCACUCCAGCGUGACAUUCCGUGGGGCUCGCGGCCUGGGAGCAACGGCCACGAUCGGGCCGGGGGAAGCGAGAGCGGGGGAAGUCAGGUGGGAUCCCAGCCGCCACAGGGGCAGGGCAAUCGCCCCGGUGGACCCAAGGGCCGUGUGGGUUACCAAGGCAUGGUUGACACAAAUGACGGCAUCACGAAAUUGAGUAUCGAGUAGUGGCGUCUACUUGCUGCUGGCGAAACGGACAAUAACAGAACAAUCUCUGGCAUACUACUUAUCUAAUUAACUUGACUUGAAACGGGGGGGUUUCACAGAUACGCGCGAGAGCUUUCAUGGUUUACAUUUUGCUAUCGCUUCCUGAGUAUCACUUUGCAUACAUCAUUCCCGGGCUAGGUUGCAUUACGGAUGGGAAUAUGGAGUUUCCGGUCAUUACUUCUCAUUUGGCAUGGCACAGGUUACGUAUUCCCCCCUUUCCGACUUUUUCUUUUGUCUUGACUAGUUAGUUUCGUUUUAUAAUAUUCCCCUGGGAGGGCCGGGGUGGUUCAGUCCGCUUCUACAUUUUAGGCACCUCACACGCGAAAAAUAGACUCCCCUGUGCAUUCGUCC